AUGAAAGUCCUAACCGCUAACUUCGUAACCUGCGCCGUAAAGGCCUGCAAAGGCUCUCCUGCCUCAUUCCCCCUUCACUUCUCAGAUGCAGAGCUCGAGCAAGAGGAGCUAGAGUUCCAAGCAGAUUUCCUGCGCAAUAUCCUACCUCGAAUAGAUUGGGAGGCAUUGGUGAUGACGGCUAAUGAGCUAGGCUUUACCUCCCUAACCCCUUUGAAGCCUGAAGGCGACGCUGUGACAGAUGACCUGUUACGCGAGCUGCACCGAUUUCUGCUUGAGACCCAAGUAGUGGAGGGCAAGCUGGUCUGUGGCAGUUGCGGACAUGAGUAUCGGAUUAAGGAGGGGAUUGCCAAUUUUUUGCUUCCGAGUCAUCUUGUCUAA